CGCACUUUGCGCUGACGGAUAUCAGUAACGACAAAAAUAUGUCGGGGCCAAAUUCAUUCCGACAUGAGCUCAGGGUGUCCUGAUGGUGAAAUGUUUGGAACUUAAAAGGGCUUGGACGGAAUCGCCAAGGACGUCUGGUUUGCCUGCCAAUCAAACUAAACCUAAUGGCUUUUAAAGGGUUUAUCAGUCGAGUGCAAUCGACACCCUUGCAGUAGAAUCGAAGCCCGGCCCCAAAUGCUCUCCCCACUGACUGCGGACUACCAUUUGCCAACCAUUGGCUCUGAAUGCGGUAUCAUCUUUCAAACGCUGUACUAUCACUUAAAAGCGUUUUUCACUUGUCAUUGCCACUAGAGACUCGACACGGGCAACGUGCUGGAACGCAAACAUGUUGUCAGUAAAAUCGGAACCAACAUGGGCUUGUGACGAAAACGCUGUGAGUCCUUUGUCGUGCUCCGAGCAAAACUCUCCCAUCUCUUCUUCAAUCAGCGGUGAUGGGGACAUAGAGAAUUUUGGUAGUCCUGUCGUUCCACUAGGGAGACGAAAGCUAAAGAGGCGACGAAAACGUAUGCUAACGGGAGUUAGUCGCCAGCGGCGUGCAGCGAAUGAAAGGGAGCGCCGAAGAAUACAAGGAGUCAACCGUGCGUUUAUAGAGCUGAAAAACGCACUUCCCGUGGCUGAUUCUGUGGAUAUUUCUAAAAUUGACAUCCUGAGAGUUGCGACUAAGUGGAUAGAACACCUGAGUAAGCUAUUAGACCAGGACAAAAGGAUACACUCCGAGCCAAAAUACACUGUCGAGCCCAAGUUGUAUGAAAUUCUGGGAGAAGAUUUUUCGAUCGACCAUCGCGAGCUAGAACAGGACUAUUUUCUACAAGGACAAGACAUUUGGUCGGAUAGCUCCAGCCCGGAAGGAAACAGCGACUACUGCGUUCACACAGAGGAGCCUUACCUUCAGACUCUUCUUCACAACAGUUUUAACUCGGACAAUUUGACUUCACCCCUCCUGGAACUGACGGACCGACUCUGAAGUCUAAAGUCUUGUUAUUCGUCGAACAGAUAACAGGAAGAUAAACCGUUUAUCCACCUGAAUCACCGAAGAUAUCCAUCCUUCCAUUACUCAAAACAAGAAAAAUUAUAUUUCAACUAGUCAUGCAGUCAAGGAAUGAAAUCCAGUAUCUAAUGAGUACCGUAUGUUUACCCGGGGGACCGCCCAUAUGAAAAGGACGGGGGUGCUCGUCGGAAAUUUUGAAAGGAAAGGAAAUUUUGUGGGCGUGGCUUGAAAUGUUUUUCACCCCUAACAGGUACCAAUUCUAAACAACACUAUCUCCUAUCAUACUUUUUUCGAUUCAAUGCAAUAAAAGGUACCGUAAAAGCUGCCGUUGUGGACCUUUUGAGGCUGAGUAGCCUAAAAGGUGCCAAAACCGCGUCUUUAACCCCUAAAAGGUACGACAAGCACCCCGUUCCUUUUAUAUGGGAGUUCCCCUUCCCCCGGGGUGUUUAAAACUCCCGGAGAACUUGAAUUAGAAACUUAAGUUCGUUUCAAAAGAAAAUCAUAAAACACUCUCACCCGUAACGUAAUUUGAAAGAUAUAGCAUACUUUUACAAAAGACGACACGCAAAUAUCGACAGCUUAUCAUUUUAACAUUUUCAAAUAAAAUAAGAUUUUCUUGUAGCGAAAACUGUAGAAAUCAGUUGAAAAGAAACCCAGUCAAGACAGUUAUGAACUGCAAUUUGUUUGUAAAUAAAAGAAAGAAUUAAAAGUACUCUUAAGAUAUUUUAUAUCACUGGACGUUGAAGAGGAACAGCCUGACCAGCUUGACCCAGAUUCAUCUCUGACAGUCAGUUAGUAAAGAUUGUAAAUUUUCCUUUAUUUGUAGUUCGUCUCUGUCGUAGUUAAAUGAUGACGCCAUUAUGCAAA